UGUUGCGGCGCAGGUGUGCUAACUAUGGAGUCUUAAAGUCGACGGAAAGAGCUUGCCACAGGAAUCCUCCGCUUCCCCAGGCGCCAAAUGGACGCGCAUGACGCCGUCACACAGGGUUCCUGUCGCACGGGAGAUCCGCGUUCUCGCAUCGCCCAGAGCCGCCGAGUUGCAGCAGCGCGUUGCGAGCCUGCGCCCUUUCAUUGGCGCCCACCGACGCCCGCCUGUCGCUUGCGGGUCCGCGAAUUGCUGCCACACGAGCGCGCAGCUCGCCGCCUCUGUGGUUCAGCCUGCAACCUCUUAUCGCAGCACGACCUACCCGCAUCAUGAUGGAGCAGGUUUUCAGAAAAAAAUAAAAAUCACCCUUCGCGUGGUGAUAGUCACCUGGGCGUGGAGCGAGCGAGCCCAAUUAACCCACCUCGUGCUCACUCAGCCUCGCGAUAUCCACCCUCAAAGGAUGCCGUUUUCGUAUAGAGCAUCAACGGCCGAAAGAAAUGCGGCGGCGCAGCCCUUGCCACAAUCCAUCUCCACUCGGCGCCAACCGGCAAAUCCGGCCCCCAAGCUGCUAUCAGUGGCUGCAUCUCCCGCACACCCCCUGCACGCUUCCGUUUGCGCCUCUCGACGACGGUGCAGGCGGCACGCUGUGCCCUCUUCCUUCUCGAGCCGCCAGCCCAUUCUCACGCUGCACCUGCCUUGCACGUCCGCCAUGAGCGCCCUGCGUGUGAUAAAAUGCGCUGUGGGGCCGCUUCUUUGCACACCCUCGUUUGGGACACGGCUUGCUGCCUGUUGGCAUGGGUCCACAAAUAGGACUGCAUUGAAGAAGCAUGUGCUGCUCUCGCGCGCGCUGUUACCUAUAUAUUCGCUAGUGUACAACGGCGGAGUUGUGCUAUUCAUCAUUUUUCUUUUUAUUCUAGUAAAGGGGCUUUGUUCCAAUCCAGGGUGGUCCUUCGCUUUAUAACUAAGUCUGUGUCGCUCUUUUGUUUGUUCUCCAGGCUUUACAGUUCCCAGACGUAGUCAUGCAUUUGCAUCCUCUCUCGGUGACCGUGGCUCUUGGUGCACUUGCGGGCAGGACGUUCGCGCAGGAUGCAGAUUAUACUAAAUAUGUGGAUCCUUUGUAAGUCUUCUUCUUUAGUC